CUGUUGGAAGCAAAAGCUCUUCUUAGAUGGAAAGAGAGUCUCCCAAAUCAAUCCUCUCUCCAAACAUGGACACUUGCAGUAAAAAACGAAAACCUUACCAGUCCAUGUAACUGGUUUGGAAUUUCAUGCGACAAUGCUGGAAGCAUAAUAGGAAUUAACCUUGCAAGCUCACGUAUUAGAGGUAAUCUUAGUAACUUGGAUUUCUCGUACUUCCCCAACCUCGCUUGUCUAAAUCUCAGUUCCAAUGUUCUCUCUGGUCCAAUCCCAUCCGAGCUAGGCUCACUUUCAAAACUAACCCACCUCAAUCUCUCCAUGAAUUAUCUUUCUGGUUUUCUUCCUCUUUCGUUAGCCAACCUCACUCAAAUUUCACUGCUUUAUGUGGGCAAUAACUUGAUCAGCGGCGAGCUAGACCCACGAUUAUUCUCCAACUGCAACAGGCUCCGAUUUCUUGAGCUCCACAACAACAACUUCACUGGGAUGAUUCCUUCGGAAAUUGGCCUGCUUGUUAAUCUCGUGGAGCUAGCUUUGUCUAGCAAUCAUUUCCAUGCCUUGGCUUUACAUCGAAACCAUCUUUCAGGUCCUUAUCCCUUCAUCUUUUGGUAACUUGACCGAAUUAACAAUGUUGUUUUUACACAAGAAUGAGUUUUCUGGAACCUUCCCUCAUAGUUUACUCAACUGUAAUCUUCUUGUUGAAUUGCUGCUGUUCACGAAUCGGCUUUCGGGUUUUGUACCUCAAGGAUUAGCAAACCUCACUUCUUUAAGAGAAUUGCAUUUGAGUGAAAACAACUUUUCAGGUCCCUUACCACAAGUCUGUCAAGGUGCAAAGGUUCAGCUUUUCACUGCAGCGUUCAACGACUUUACUGGUCCCAUCCCGAAGAAACUUGCGUGUACCAGCCUCGUCCGAGUACGGCUCCACAACAACCAGCUUUCGAAAUCUUUGGACCGAGACUUUGGAGUUUAUCCGAAUCUGAAUUACUGUAAGUUGAGCCACAAUAGAUUGGAAGGGUUGCUUAGCAGAAACCUGGAACAAUUAAAAGUUGCUGGUAAUAUGAUCAAAGGAGAGAUGCCUGAAGAAUUCGGCAAGUUGACUCGACUAGCGGUACUCGAUCUUUCUUCGAACCAACUUGUUGGAAAGAUACCAAAAGUAUUGGGCAGAUUAACCUCUGUACUUCCUCAACUUGAGCAAUAACCAAUUAUCACAUGUGGUGCCACUUGAGAUUGGAAAGCUCUCGAGUCUUGAGGAUCUUGAUCUUUCAGAAAACAAGCUGAAUGGGCAAAUUCCAGGACAAUGCUCGAAGCUACAUAAUUUGUGCUUGAGAAAGAGCUAUUUCAAUGGGUCAAUCCCAUUCCAGCUUGGCUAUCUAACUUUGCAGGGUUCACUUGAUCUUAGUCAAAAUUUGCUCACACAGCAGAUACUUCCCGAGCUAGCAAAGUUCACCAUGUUGGAGCAUUUAAACGUCUCACACAACAUGCUGUCAGGUUCAAUCCCCUCUUUAUUCGGUACAAUGACUGGCUUAACGUCGAUUGACUUCUCGUACAAUGACUUGGAAGGACCGGUUCCUGACAGUGGAUUCUUUCACCGUGCUUCACCUGCCGCAUUCAGCAACAACAAAAACCUAUGCGGUGAAGUCCUAGGUUUGAAGCCCUGCAGUAAUACAUCAGUGGAGAAGGAAACUCAUAAGAAAAAUCACAAUGUUCCGAUAAUCAUUGUCAGUGCUUCUUUAUCAUGGUUGAUACUUUCUUUAGCCCUGUUUAUUCUGUAUGCACUCUCCCGAAGAGCAAAAAGGAGCAGAGAGUCGAAGGAAGCUAUGGUAUCGGAGGCCAGAAAUCCACUUUCGGUUGUGAACUACGACGGGAAGAUUGUGUAUGAAGAUAUAAUCGAAGCUACCGAGAGUUUUGAUGAAAAGUAUUGUAUUGGAUCUGGUGGAAGUGGAAGAGUGUAUAAAGCAAAGUUAACACUAGGACCUAUUCUGGCCAUCAAGAAACUAUUGUGUCUGGACGGGGAACAGAUGGAGAAACUGAGAAGUUUUACCAACGAGAUCCGAGCAUUAACAGAAAUAAGCCACAAAAACAUAGUCAAGUUUUACGGAUUUUGUUGCCACGGGCCGCACAAGUUCCUGGUUUAUGAUUAUAUCGAGAGAGGAAGCCUAGCUGAUGUGCCAAGGGAUGAUAUGAAAGCCAAAUAAUUGGAGUGGAGCAAAAGGAUCAAACUUGUGAAGGAUGUAGCAAAUGGCUUGUCCUAUAUGCAUCAUGACUGCGUACAGUCAAUAAUUCAUAGACAUAUCAAGCAAGAAUGUAUUGUUGAAUGAUGAGUAGGAGGCCUGCAUUUCGGAUUUCGGCACUGCUAAGAUUCUGAACCCCAAUUCGUCUAAUGUAACAGUCCUUGCAGGCACAUUAGGAUAUGUUGCUCCAGAGUUAGCUUAUACAGUUAGCGCGACGGAAAAAUGUGAUGUCUACAGUUUUGGUGUUGUGGCCUUGGAAGUGAUGAUGGGGAAACAUCCAGCGGAGCUUGUUUCUGUUCUGAAUUCAUGUUUGGAUCAAAAGGAUGUACAACUAGUACUAGACCCUCGUAUUCGAACUCCCGCAGAUGAAGAAACCGCUCUGGAAGUUGCUUCUAUAGUGAGGCAUGCUGUGUCCUGUAUAUGUGUUGAACCAAAAUCUAGGCCCACCAUGCGAUGGGUUUCCCAAGCACUAUCAGAAGCUCGAACCAAUGUUUGAAGGAUGUUAUACAAAAUUUGCCCUUUAAAAUAAUAAAUCUCUUUCCAUGGAGUCAUUGAGAACUCGCUGACCAGUAAAUAAUGCCACCUUCUUGGAUCAUGUCGAACCGGGGUAUGGUAUUGUCCUCUUUUCCUGGUACUAGUGUUGCAAAAGAGAUUCUUAUAUGAAGAGAUCCUAGAUUAGGAUAUGCAAAAGGAAAGACGCCUCAAAGUGACAAAAUCUUGAAGGAUUGGUGAAUGUAAAAAAGGACGAUAUCAAUAUUAUACUCACUGUAAUUGUGUCACAUAACUUAAGAAAU